CUUCAACUGGAGUUUGCGGUUUGGCAGCUUUAAAUAUAUCAAAACGGAACAAAGAGAAAGACUCCUCACUGCUGUAAAAAGAAGAGAGAGAAAAGAAUAAAGCGAGGGAGAAAUCGGACCGAAUUACAAAAGGACUCCGCUCGUGUUUUUUGUUUUGUUUUUAACAUCUAACGGGAACAUAAACUGGAACUGUGUGGACAAUUUGCAAGCUUUUUCCUUUCUUUUUUUUUUCUCCUGAUCACCGAAACUUUUUUGGGGGGGACGACGCUUUUUCCAUUCAUAAUUGAAUUUUAAUGUCCACAUUUUCACCCGAGCAACUUUGUACACGGACUGCACAUGUUUUAAAGGGAUUUUUGCGAAGCUGGAGUUUGUAUUCGUCCAUCUCGCGUGCACAGCUGCCCGCGCGGAUGCUGUAAAUGCAUGCGGAUUUUAUUCAGUUUUCCGAAACCGUCGUUUUGGCGUAUUUACGCACGCAUGGUGUGUGGCAAGCCAUAACUACUUUUUGACGUUUGAAUAAUUCAUGAGGCAUAAUUUGCCUACACGAAAGAAGUGACUGUAGAAAGGGAGGGGGGCGAUCCACCAACAUAUUCAUAAGGCUUGACGGAAUGGCCACCGCGGCUUCCAAUCCUUAUCUGGGCAGCAAUAGCAUCCUAUCGUCGGGCUCGAUCGUGCACUCUGACUCAGGAGGCGGUGGCAUGCAGCCGGGCAGCGCUGCUGUUACCUCGGGCUCCGGGGGCUACAGAGGGGACCCCUCCAUCAAGAUGGUGCAAAGUGACUUUAUGCAAGGCGCAAUGGCAGCCAGCAACGGAGGACACAUGCUGAGCCAUGCCCACCAGUGGGUGACCUCGCUCCCGCACGCCGCCGCCGCAGCUGCAGCCGCCGCGGUGGCCGCCGCCGAAGCCGGCUCCCCCUGGUCGUCGAGCCCGGUCGGCAUGAGCGCCAGUCCGCAGCAGCAGGACGUGAAAAACUCCGCCAGGGACGACCUGCACACGGGCACGGCGCUGCACCACCGGCCGCCGGUGCCGCCUCACUUGGCGGCCCACCAGACUCACGCCGGGGCUUGGGGCAGCAGCACCGCGGCGCACAUUAACUCCAUAUCGGGUGGGCAGCAGCAACAGCAGCAACAGCAGCAGCAGUCGCUCAUCUACUCCCAGCCGGGAGGCUUCACUGUGAACGGCAUGCUCAGCCCCGGGAGCCAGAGCCUGGUGCACCCGGGCUUGGUCCGGGGCGACACCCCGGAUCUGGACCACGGCGCGCACCACCACCACCAUCACCAGCAUCACCCGCACCACCAGCACCACGGCGGCGUCAACAGCCACGACCCGCACUCGGACGACGACACGCCGACAUCGGACGACUUGGAGCAGUUCGCCAAGCAGUUCAAGCAGCGGAGGAUCAAACUGGGCUUCACCCAGGCGGACGUGGGCCUGGCGCUGGGCACCCUUUACGGCAACGUCUUCUCGCAGACGACCAUCUGCAGAUUCGAAGCUCUGCAGCUCAGUUUCAAGAACAUGUGCAAGCUCAAGCCGCUGCUGAACAAGUGGCUGGAGGAAGCCGACUCGUCCACCGGCAGCCCCACCAGCAUCGACAAGAUCGCCGCGCAGGGCAGAAAGAGGAAGAAGCGCACGUCCAUCGAGGUGAGCGUCAAGGGGGCUCUGGAGAGCCACUUCCUCAAGUGUCCCAAGCCCUCGGCCCAGGAAAUCAGCACCCUGGCGGACAACCUGCAGCUGGAGAAGGAAGUGGUCCGAGUGUGGUUUUGCAAUAGGAGACAGAAGGAAAAGCGGAUGACGCCCCCGGGAGUGGCGCAGACGCCGGAGGAUGUGUACUCUCAGGUCGGCAAUGGGCAUUUUUUAGUAGAUUACUUAAAAGAUGCAAGUGAGGCGAGCGACCAGAGGGUGACAACCACAAGUUCAUUCCACCAGGUAAUUUUGGCGCAUUGA